AUGUAUAAUCUUGGCCACUCUUCCUUCAGCAGUAAUACCGACUCGAGCGGGUCGGCAGGUCGACACACCCUAUGGCAGCAUGCCCCUGAAAUGGUCACGGUUCCCGGUCCGAACGCGUUUCGUUUUCAUACCGGGCCCAAUCAAUCAUCAACAAGACUACCUCAGUCUCGCUCCGAAGGCAAUGUCAGGUCUUUAGACACCUCUGGACGCGACAGUGAAAGUUUUGCUGGUAACUACUUCCAUCAGUGGUACCCGAGCGCCAGCUACUACCCAGAGCAUCAUGAAGACCAAUAUGAAAAUAUGGAGAGCGCGCGAGGUCGUCACAGAUCGACUUCUCCGGUAAAGGUCCUCGAAGACGUUGACGAAUAUGAAGAGCUUGCUUAUACAUCGACUCCUCCCCCUCGAUCUCGCUCCCCGCACAAGAAGCUCUUUGGGGAAAACGGUUGGCUGGGAAAGACACCCACCAUUGAUAAACAAAAAAAACCUGUGCUCAAAGCGCUCGGCGAGAAAAUAAAACAGCGCGUCGAGGAUAUGACUGGGGAUGUUAUGAAAACUACCAGUACGGCAUUUCAGUCCAGGUCUGCGCCAACAAUGUCAACCUGCCCAAUUUCCCUGGAUCCUCCAACACAAGCCAAGCUCUAUUCCGAAAUGGAGCUCAUGAUAUGUGUCACUGCAAAUAAAUUUCUCAUGGACCAAUAUCGGGACGGGCGAAUGUCCUCUGAAUCUGUGACAAAAGUAAUUAGCUUCUGGACAUCUAAGAAUCGACCACAGGUUGUUCAGUUCCAGUUCGACCAGGCAACCCAAAGGGAUCUUAUCCUUUAUAACAUCAAGAAUUUUGGAUUCCACGGGGAGUGUGCGCGCGACUCCGUUGUACUGAAUGCCACGCUGUAUAACUGGAAAAUCAUUGCGAAGGAGAUGAAUGUCCGUACCUUUUGCUAUCCAGAUAGCGUGAUUAGGAAGCAUAUGCACGAUACGCAUAAGUUACUUGAAAUGCUAGGUGCUCCUUGUGUCACCUUUCUUGCUUUCCAGGAACUUCAAGUGAAUGCGCUGUCUCUGAUGAAGCAGGAACAGGAAAGGAAGGUAAACACCCACAGGGAGCAUGGCAUUACAAAGGCGCAUCGACCACGUACACUUUCUCGGGAAGAAUAG